AUGGUGCAAAUGUCAAAGUCUCCCUCCCCUGAACCGCGAGAACCCAUAUCUCCUUCUACUUCUCGCUCUAGGGAUGGAACAGCAAUGGAUGAUGAGGAAGGUACAAUGGCAAGAGUUGCUCAAUUUGUCGAGCAACUACAUGCCAGCAUUUCUUCACCACAUGAAAAAGAACUUAUUACAGCACGUUUGCUUGGUAUUGCCAAAGCAAGAAAGGAUGCAAGAACAAUUAUUGGUUCACAUUCCCAGGCAAUGCCAUUGUUCAUAAACAUUCUCAGGAGUGGCACCCCUGUGGCAAAAGUUAAUGUGGCUGCAACUCUGAGUGCCCUGUGUAAAGAUGAAGACUUGCGUCUUAAAGUACUACUAGGCGGGUGCAUCCCCCCGUUACUCUCACUUUUGAAGUCUGAAUCAACUGAGGCUAGGAAGGCUGCAGCGGAAGCUAUAUAUGAAGUUUCCUCUGGUGGGCUUUCAGAUGAUCAUGUUGGCAUGAAAAUAUUUAUUACAGAAGGCGUAGUGCCAAACUUAUGGAAUCAACUCAAUCCAAAGAGCAAGCAAGACAAAGUGGUAGAGGGAUUUGUGACAGGGGCUUUGAGAAAUCUUUGUGGUGACAAGGAUGGCUACUGGAGAGCAACGCUUGAGGCUGGUGGAGUAGAUAUCAUUGUGGGUCUUCUGUCUUCCGACAAUGCUGCUGCCCAGUCAAAUGCUGCCUCCCUUUUGGCCCGUCUCAUGUUGGCUUUCAGUGAUAGCAUCCCGAAAGUAAUAGAUGCUGGAGCUGUCAAAGCUUUGCUUCGGCUUGUGGGUCAGGAAAAUGAUGUUUCCGUCCGUGCUAGUGCUGCUGAUGCUUUGGAAGUGCUUUCUUCAAAGUCAACUGGGGCUAAGAAAGCUAUUGUGAAUGCUGACGGUGUUCCAGUUCUCAUUGGGGCAAUAGUUGCUCCAUCUAAAGAGUGCAUGCAAGGUGAGUGUGGGCAGGCUCUGCAGGACCAUGCAACACGGGCUUUAGCAAAUAUUUGUGGUGGGAUGUCUUCUUUAAUAUUAUAUCUUGGAGAACUUUCACAGUCACCUCGGCUAACUUCCCCGGUUGCUGACAUUAUCGGAGCUCUUGCAUACACGCUGAUGGUCUUUGGGCAUAAAUCUGGUGCCAAUGAGGAAUCUGUUAAUGUAACAAAGAUAGAGGAUAUUCUUGUAAUGUUGCUAAAGCCUCGUGACAAUAAGCUUGUUCAAGAGCGUGUCCUUGAGGCCAUGGCUAGUCUAUAUGGCAACAACCAUCUUUCCAGUUGGCUCAAUCAUGCACAAGCGAAGAAGGUGCUCAUUGGACUCAUAACAAUGGCUGCUGCUGAUGUGCAAGAGUAUUUAAUACUCUCUUUGACAAGCUUAUGUUGCGAUGGUGUUGGAAUCUGGGACUCCAUUGGCAAGAGAGAAGGAAUUCAAUUACUUAUUUCACUGAUGGGAUUAUCCAGUGAGCAGCAUCAAGAAUAUGCUGUUCAGUUUCUGGCAAUCUUAACGGACCAAGUCGAUGAUAGCAAGUGGGCUAUUACUGCUGCCGGCGGGAUUCCUCCUCUGGUGCAGCUGUUAGAGAUGGGAUCUCAAAAGGCGAAGGAGGAUGCCGCUCAUGUGUUGUGGAAUUUGUGUUGUCACAGUGAAGAUAUUCGUGCAUGUGUGGAAAGUGCAGGAGCCAUCCCAGCAUUUUUAUGGCUUUUAAAAAGUGGUGGGUCAAGGGGACAAGAAGCAUCAGCUAUGGCACUAACAAAGCUUGUCCGAACAGCUGAUUCUGCCACCAUUAAUCAGUUGUUAGCUUUGCUCCUCGGUGACUCUCCAAGCUCAAAGGCCUAUACUAUCAGGGUGUUGGGUCAUGUACUCAUAAUGGCAUCACAUGAGGAUCUUGUGCAUAAAGGUUCAGCAGCUAAUAAAGGGCUGAGAUCUCUUGUACAGGUUCUCAACUCAUCAAAUGAAGAAACUCAAGAGUAUGCUGCUUCGGUCCUAGCUGAUCUAUUCAGCACAAGACAAGAUAUUUGUGAUAUUCUUGCAACUGAUGAGAUUGUGCAUCCUUGCAUGAAGCUUUUGACCAGCACCACACAAGUUGUUGCAACACAGUCAGCUCGAGCAUUGGGUGCUCUUUCCCGUCCUUUGAAGACCAAAACAAGAAGCAAGAUGUCUUAUAUUGCAGAAGGUGAUGUCAAGCCCCUCAUCAAACUGGCUAAAACUUCUUCCAUUGAUGCUGCUGAAACUGCAGUUGCGGCACUUGCCAAUCUUCUCUCUGAUCCGCAUAUUGCUGCAGAAGCCCUGGCAGAAGAUGUUGUUUUAGCUUUGAUAAGAGUACUGGGAGAUGGAACUUCAGAAGGUAAGAAGAAUGCAUCCCGUGCCCUUCAUCAAUUGCUGAAGCAUUUUCCAGUAGGUGAUGUGCUCACAGGAAAUGCUCAGUGUCGUUUUGCUAUUCUUGCUCUUGUUGAUUCCUUGAAUGUAUUGGAUAUGGAUGGGACUGAUGCUGCGGAUGCUUUGGAAGUAGUCGCACUUUUGGCUAGAACUAAACAAGGUGUGAACUUCACUUACCCCCCAUGGUCUGCCCUUGCUGAAGUUCCAUCAAGCUUAGAACCUCUUGUCCGAUGCCUGGCUGAAGGGCCUCCUCCACUUCAGGAUAAGUCAAUAGAAAUUUUGUCUAGGCUUUGUGGGGAGCAACCAGUAGUGCUUGGUGAUCUAUUGAUUGCAAGAUCAAGAUCCCUUGGUUCACUAGCUAACAGGAUAAUGCACUCUUCGAGCCUAGAAGUCAGAGUUGGAGGAGCUGCAUUACUCAUUUGUUCAGCAAAAGAGCACAAACAGAAGUCAAUGGAAGUACUUGAUGUUGCAGGAUAUUUAAAACCGUUAACAUAUGCUUUAGUGGACAUGAUAAAGCGAAAUUCUAGCUGCUCCUCUUUGGAAAUUGAAGUCAGAACUCCUAGAGGUUUUAUUGAAAGAACUGCAUUCCAUGAAGGGGAUGAGUUUGAUGUCCCUGAUCCAGCCAUUGUCUUGGGGGGUACUGUUGCCUUGUGGUUGCUAUGCAUAAUCGGUGCCUUUCAUGCAAAGAGCAAACUCACCAUUAUGGAAGCUGGUGGUCUUGAGGCUCUCUCUGACAAGCUUGCAGGUUACACUUCCAAUCCACAGGCAGAAUAUGAGGAUACAGAAGGUAUAUGGAUUAGUGCCCUGCUCCUGGCUGUUCUGUUCCAAGAUGCAAAUGUUGUUCUGUCUCCUGCAACAAUGCGCAUCAUUCCUUUACUUUCUCUUCUUUUGAGAUCGGAUGAGGUGAUUGAUAGGUUCUUUGCUGCGCAGUCAAUGGCCAGUCUUGUUUCUAAUGGUAGUAAGGGAAUAAUUCUUGCCAUUGCAAAUUCAGGUGCUGUUGCUGGAUUGAUAACCCUAAUUGGUUACAUAGAGUCCGACAUGCCUAACCUUGUUACUUUAUCAGAAGAAUUUUCUCUGGUGCGAAAUCCCGAUCAAGUUGUUUUGGAGUACCUUUUUGAUUUUGAAGAUGUAAGAGUUGGAUCCACAGCACGUAAAUCUAUACCUCUCCUGGUGGAUCUCUUGAGACCAAUGGCAGAACGUCCUGGUGCCCCUCCAAUUUCUGUUAAACUCUUGACCCGUAUUGCCGAUGGAAGUGAUACAAAUAAAUUAAUUAUGGCUGAAGCUGGAGCUCUGGAUGCUCUGACAAAAUACCUGUCUUUGAGCCCUCAAGACUCCACCGAAGCCACAAUAACUGAAUUAUUCAGAAUAUUAUUUAGCAAUCCCGAUCUCAUUCGAUAUGAAGCAUCAGCUAGUUCAUUGAAUCAACUCAUAGCCGUUCUGCGUCUAGGGUCAAGAAAUGCUAGAUAUAGUGCUGCAAGAGCUCUUCAUGAACUAUUUGACGCUGAGAACAUCAGAGAUUCUGAUUUAGCCAGGCAAUCUGUUCAUCCAUUGGUUGACAUGCUUAACUCUGUAUCAGAGAGCGAGCAAGAGGCUGCCCUUGUUGCGUUACUUAAGUUGACUUCAGGAAAUUCUUCUAAAGCAUCUUUAUUGACUGAUGUGGAGGGAAGUCCACUGGAGAGUUUGUACAAAAUCCUGUCUUGUGCUUCAUCCAUGGAAUUGAAGAGAAUCGCUGCACAACUCUGUUGUGUUCUGUUUGAUAAUUCUGAAGUCAGAGGAAAUCCAAUUGCCUCUGAAUGCAUAGAGCCCCUUGUAUCACUGAUGCAUUCUGAUACAAGUACAGUUGUCGAAGCUGGGGUUUGUGCUUUUGAAAAAUUGCUGGAUGAUGAACACCAGGUGGAGCUUGCAAUGGCCUAUGAUGUUGUGGAUCUCCUUGUUGGAUUAGUUUCUGGUACAAGCAAUCAGCUCAUUGAGGCUAGCGUCUGUUCUCUCAUAAAGUUGGGGAAAGACCGGACCCCAUGCAAAUUGGAUAUGGUCAAUGUUGGCAUUAUUGACAAAUGUCUUGAGCUACUACCUGUAGCGCCCAGUUCAUUAUGCUCUUCAAUUGCUGAAUUGUUCCGCAUUUUAACAAAUAGUAAUGCAAUUGCAAGAAGUUUGGAUGCUGCAAAAAUAGUAGAACCUCUUUUCCUAGUUUUACUCCGUCCGGAUUUCAGUUUGUGGGGACAGCACAGUGCAUUGCAAGCACUAGUAAAUAUUUUGGAGAAGCCACAAAGCCUUGCAACUUUAAAACUUACACCUAGCCAAGUCAUCGAGCCUCUUAUUUCAUUUCUGGAAUCCCCAUCUCAAGCCAUCCAGCAGCUUGGCACAGAAUUGCUAUCUCAUCUGCUUGCACAAGAACAUUUUCAGCAAGAUAUUACGACAAAAAAUGCAGUUGUUCCUCUUGUUCAGCUUGCAGGAAUUGGAAUAUUAAACUUGCAGCAGACAGCAAUAAAGGCAUUGGAAAAUAUCUCCACAAGCUGGCCGAAGGCAGUCGCUGAUGCUGGAGGUAUAUUUGAGCUUGGGAAGGUUAUUAUUCAAGAUGACCCUCAGCCACCUCAUGCACUGUGGGAAUCAGCUGCUUUAGUUCUCUCAAAUGUUCUGCACUUCAAUGCUGAGUACUAUUUUAAGGUUCCUGUGGUGGUUCUUGUUAAAAUGCUGCAUUCAACAGUGGAUACCACCAUCAUGGUGGCUCUCAAUGCGUUACUUGUUCAUGAAAGGAGCGACAAUUUAAGUGCUGAACAGAUGACUGAAGGUGGUGCUAUAGACGCCUUGUUGGACCUUUUAAGAUCUCAUCAGUGUGAAGAAGCAUCUGGAAGAUUACUUGAAGCUUUAUUUAACAAUGUCAGGAUACGACAAAUGAAGGUUUCCAAGUAUGCAAUAGCACCCCUAUCGCAGUAUCUGUUGGAUCCACAAACCAGAUCACAGUCUGGAAAACUUCUUGCUGCUCUAGCUCUUGGAGACCUUUCCCAACAUGAAGGGCUUGCAAGAGCCAGUGAUUCUGUUUCUGCAUGUCGUGCAUUGGUAAGUUUGCUUGAAGAUCAGCCAACAGAAGAGAUGAAAAUGGUGGCAAUUUGUGCAUUGCAGAACUUUGUCAUGAAUAGCAGAACAAAUAGGCGAGCUGUUGCAGAAGCAGGGGGCAUACUGAUUAUUCAAGAACUGCUACUGUCUCCCAAUACAGAAAUCGCUGGGCAGACAGCAUUACUUAUCAAAUUUUUGUUUUCUAAUCACACACUCCAAGAGUAUGUAUCAAAUGAGCUCAUCAGAUCUUUGACAGCUGCAUUAGAGAGAGAGUUGUGGUCUGCGGCAACUAUUAAUGAAGAGGUCUUGAGAGCCUUACAUAUGAUAUUCAUCAACUUCCCAAAGCUCCAUAUUUCUGAAGCAACCACUCUCUGCAUUCCCAAUCUGAUUGGAGCUCUGAAAUCUGGAAGUGAAGCAGCUCAGGAUGUCGUCUUGGACACCCUUUGCUUGUUGAGACAUUCUUGGUCAACCAUGCCAAUAGAUAUUGCGAAGUCUCAGGCUGGGAUUGCUGCUGAAGCCAUUCCCAUCCUACAAAUGCUCAUGAAAACCUGCCCACCAAGUUUCCAUGAGAGAGCAGACAGCCUGUUGCAUUGCUUACCAGGUUGUUUGACGGUCACAAUUAAGCGUGGGAACAACCUUAAACAGGCCAUGGGAGGCACAAAUGCUUUUUGUCGAUUGACAAUAGGCAAUGGUCCUCCUCGACAAACCAAGGUAGUGAGCCACAGUACCUCUCCAGAAUGGAAAGAAGGCUUUACGUGGGAAUUUGACGUUCCCCCAAAGGGACAAAAACUCCACAUCAUUUGCAAAAGCAAAAAUACCUUUGGAAAGACAACUCUGGGAAGAGUGACUAUCCAAAUUGACAAAGUUGUGAGUGAAGGAGUAUACAGUGGAUUAUUCAGCCUAAAUCAUGACAGCAACAAAGAUGGAUCUUCCCGUACACUUGAAAUCGAGAUUAUCUGGUCUAACAGAAUGUCCGACGAAGAAACUUGA